AGUAUUUCAAAAGGUGUAGCAGAAAUGGGGUUGGUUUGGUUCCUCAUUUCUUUUUUUCUGCUUGCAACAUCUUCAUUUGCAGAAGAUGAGCAAGGACGUAACAAUUCAGCUUUGCACUUCACCUUGUAUCAUGUACUUGGACAUGGCUCACCUCUAACCUCCCAGUCUCCGCCAUCCAUCUCCGAGUUAGUAUAUCGGGAUCAAGCACGAGUUAAGUAUCUCAACUCCAGACUCACUGAGAUCAAUAGAAAAAGCAGUGUCACAGAACACCUUUUUGGAUCAAAUUUCAUCAGCACACCAGUGAACUCUGAUAUGUCUAUUGGUGUGGGCAUUUACUAUGUCAAUAUUGGUCUUGGCACUCCAACCAGUUACUAUCCAGUGGUUGUCGACACUGGCAGCUCCUUGUCCUGGCUGCAAUGCCUGCCUUGCACCUGGCCCGGCUGUCACGAACAGGCCGUUCCCAUUUUCGAUCCCUCUGCAUCCAGCACCUACAAAAGGUUAUCGUGCACAACACCCGAGUGCAAUUCACUCAAGGAAGGUAGGCAGUAUGAAGAAUGCACUUCUAAUAAGUGCAUGUACAAGAUUAUCUACGGGGACAACUCUUCCUCUAGUGGGUACUUGAGUCAGGAUUCACUGAGCCUAACCCCAUUAGAAACACUGGCUGAUUUUGUGUUCGGGUGUGGACAGAACAAUACAGGUUCGUUCCGUCGGUCUGCUGGUAUUUUUGGCUUGGGUCAUACCAAGCUAUCCAUGGUCUCUCAGCUGUCACCCAAAUACGGAAAUGCCUUCUCCUACUGCCUCCCAACAGCGAGCGGAGGCAAUGGAGGCUUAUUGUCCAUAGGAUGGGAUUCAUUGAUGGGAUCACCCUACAAGUUCACUCCAAUGCUUCGCGUUCACCGAAAGUCCGGCUUCUACUUUUUGAAGUUGUCUGCGAUUGUAGUGGCAGGCAAGACGCUGCAGGGAGUGUCCGACGCCGAGUACAGCAUUCCAACAAUAUUAGAUUCAGGGACGACGCUCACAUAUUUGCAUCCGUCAGUAUAUGCAGCUCUCCGCGAUGAGUUCACAAAGAUCAUGUCCUCAAAGCACCACCAGACUAUCCCGACAUUUAAUUCUCUUGAUGCAUGUUAUAUGGGUAGUUUGAAGGAGAUGUCAUCAGAUGUGCCCGAGGUUCAGAUGGUGUUUCAAGGAGAGGCCGAACUCACUCUUGCGCCUCAAAACAUUCUUAUUGAGAGUUUGGGCAUUACAUGCUUGGCCUUCGGAGCAAAAAACAGCUUCGCCGUUAUUGGAAACGUUCAGCAGCAGACGUAUCGUGUGGCUUAUGAUGUCUCUGGUUCAAGAAUUGGGUUUGCUGCUGGAGGCUGCAGCUAGUAUCAGAAACGUAUCUCAUAUAUUAAUGAAUAAUAUGGCAUCUCAUGGCACGGAGUCGUCAGGAAAACGCUCUGCAACAACCCUUUCCAUAUGAUAGAUGAAAAUCCUUUGAUGUUGUAUUGUUCUUAUUUGUGUUUUUGGAUUCAAUAUUGUGUGCGCUAACCAUAGGCCUUUUAUAGGCCUCUUUUUAUGGGUAAUUAAA